AUGAAUACAAACAUUUUUUAAUUAGAUUAAUUUCCUUUAAUUCCUUAUUCAGCAUUUUUAUAUUUUCCAACAUGUUAUUUAUAUUUAAAAUAAGAAUUAUAAAAUAUUUUUUUUUUAAUAAUAAUAGAUAAAGAUUAAAAAAUUGGAAAUGAAAAGAAUGCUAUUCGUUAUAUUUUUGAAGGACAUAUUAAUUUAGAUUAUUUUGAAAUAGAAUAAUUAAGCAUUUUGAACAAUGAAAUAAAUAAAUAAAAUAUUUGUUUAAUGGACUGGUGGACCGAAUCAAGAAAAUUACGAUUUUUAUAUGCUAAUUAAUUUAAUAUUAAAAACACUAUAUCAUAUAUGUAAUUACAUUAACAAUGGCGAAUUCAAAAUAUUCCUCCUUAAUUGAAUGAUGAUACCUAUCAAAUAUUAUAAAGUGGAUUAUUUUAUGUUCAUGGAAGAGACAUGAAAUUUCGACCAAUAAUAGUUUUAAAUAUCUAAAGAUUCGAUUUAAAGAAUAUAAAAAUAAAUUAAAUAUUAGAUAGUAUGACAUACUUUUUCGAAUUCAUUAUAAAAAACUUACUUUUAUAAGGAUAAGUAAAACAAAAAAACAAUGUCUGGAUCUUUAUUAUUUAAUAGAUCGAGAACUGGAUUGUGAUUAUAGAUUUGAAAUCUAUUGGACUUAAUAGUUUGGUUUUGUAUUUAAAAUAAAUCAUGUAAUAUUUAUCUUAAAAUUACAGAAGUAGAUUGUUUGCGUCUUAUGUUGUUAACUCUCCUUCAUCGAUUUAUUUUCCUUAUUAAAUUGUUAAGAGUUUUUUACAUGAAAAUACAAUAAAUAAAAUAAGAUUUUAUAAUAAUAAUUUGCCUACACCUUUGUUUGAGCACUCUAAUCCUUCAUAAAUUGAAACUACUUAUGGUGGAAAAGCAGAACCUUUAAUUAAUAAUUUUUGGUUUUUUUUUUUUUUUAUAAUAUUAUUUACUUAAGGACUUUGUUUGAUUUUUUUAAUUUAUUUUAGGCCUCCGAGAAUUAUUAGUAAUUAAUAUUAAGAAAAUAAUAUAAUAACAGAAGAAGAAUAUUACAAUUAAUAUUAAAAUAAUAAACUUGAAUAAAAUAUUAUUUUGAAAGAUAUUAUUGAUAAAUUUUAAGAAAAAAAUAUUUAAGUUGAUUACUAGAAAAAUUAAAUAGAAAACUAAGAAGUAUAAGAAAAUAAAAAGGAUAAUUAGUAAUAAAAAACGUAAUCUUAAUUCUAAGAAGUAUUUCAAUAAAAUAAUUCAGAAUUAAAUGAAGGUAAUAUUUAUUUAUUUUUUUAAAAUAAGUAUUAAUAAUGA